GUGUUUCAGCACACUCGGGGGAUUGUGAUAGGCUACUUUCCGUCUUUCUCAGGGAAGUUUCUAAUUUUGAGAAUGCAAAACCAAAAAGGAAGUCAAUCCAGAGAUCUAUGUCUGAAAGCAAAGUAUUUGAGGGAAAAACUGUGAAUGACACAAUUUGGCAGGAACCCAGGACGCAUGAGAAUGAUUCCCAUAUCAGAAGACUCUGUCAGCUAAAAGCUCUAAAUGAAGACGGUUUUCUUUGGAGUAAUAACGUACAUUCUGUGCAAGGAAGAAAACUACAAGGCGUUUCUUAUCAGACCAUGAAGCCAGGUGGUGACCCAGCGGAACCCACGGGGACAUUAAAGAGACUACAGAAGCUGGUCUGGACCAAGAAAGCCAGGGUGCCGAGUCUGAAUGAGAUGAAACCCACGUUAACGAAUCUCCAAGAUGAAGAUGAAACAUUGAUUUCCUGUAUGAAAUUAGUCAAAUCCCAAGAAAAGAAAGCUAAUAAUAUUAGCCAAAAGAGUACAGAAGAAAGGGAGAUUAGAUUGGAUUCUAUUUCUGCACCACUGGUUAGAUCCAGUACUUCAACUGGAUGCAGCUUGGCAGAAAUGUUAUCUCACAACGAAGAUGAAGUUCAUAUGUGGAACAGCUGGAAGCAGUUUCCAGAAAACCCGCUGUGGGCAUAUGUAGAUUUCCAAAUUGACCAAGUUGGAGCCUGGGACCCCUGUUUCCACUGCUCUCACCACACACGUCUCAAGUCGUCUUGUACAGAUACAGAUCUCCCACAUUCAUGGCGCAGCAGCAGUUUUGGGAAUUUUGAUCGUUUUCGGAGUAAUUCCACAUCAAAACCAGAUGACCCAACUGGGGUACAUGAAGGGGAACCUAUAAAUGAAAGUGGAGAACAAAACAAAACUUCAAAUAAUGGAAGGGGCUUAGGUAAAAAAAUGAGAGCUAUUUCCUGGACAAUGAAGAAAAAAACGGGUAAAAAAUACAUUAAAGCCCUCUCUGAGGAAAAGGAUGAGGAAGAUGCAGAGGAUACCCUCCCAUAUCGGAACAGUGACCCCAUGAUUGGAACCCAUACAGAGAAGGUCUCCAUCAAAGCCAGUGACUCCAUGGACAGUCUCUACAGUGGGCAGAGCUCAUCAAGUGGAAUAACAAGCUGCUCAGAUGGAACGAGUAACCGGGACAGCUUUCGACUUGACGAUGAUGGCCCCUACUCUGGACCAUUCUGUGGCCGUGCCAGAGUACAUACAGAUUUCACACCAAGCCCCUAUGACACCGACUCUCUCAAAAUCAAGAAAGGAGAUAUCAUAGACAUUAUCAGCAAGACGCCAAUGGGGAUGUGGACAGGAAUGUUGAACAAUAAGGUGGGAAACUUCAAAUUUAUUUAUGUGGAUGUCAUCUCAGAAGAAGAAGCAGCCCCCAAGAAAAUAAAAGCACACAGAAAGAGUGGAAAGGAAAAACCCCAGACUCUACAGGAGUUCUUAGAGAGGAUUCACCUUCAGGAAUAUACCUCAACACUUUUGCUCAAUGGUUAUGAGACCCUAGAAGAUUUAAAGGAUAUUAAAGAGAGUCAUCUCAUUGAAUUAAACAUUAAAAACCCAGAAGAUAGAAUGAGGUUACUAUCAGCUGCUGAAAAUCUCCUUGAUGAGGAAACUAUUCAAGAGCAAGAAAAUGAAUCUGUGCCCCUGUCCUUAAGCCCAGACAUCUCCUUAAAUAAGUCACAGUUAGAUGACUGCCCAAGGGACUCUGGUUGUUAUAUCUCAUCAGAAAACUCAGAUAAUGGUAAAGAAGAUCUGGAGUCUGAAAAUCUGUCUGACAUGGUACAGAAGAUUACUAUCACAGAGCCAAGCAACUGAACACACAUUCUCAGCUCUACAUCUACAGAUGUGUUUGGAUUUUAACUCUUCUUGAGCUAAAAGAUCAAAUAGGAGAGGAAGAGAAGUAUUUGCAGAUACGACCUGAAGUUAAAAUGUUUUAAUGGGAAUGAUUGUACAUAAAAGUUCAUAGCUCUAACAUUUUCAGUUGUUGUAAGUAGUAUGUAUAUUUAUUAUUUUAAAUACUAUAUAUUAGCAUCUCACUUGCCUGUAUCAUAAAAAAGUAUAGUGUAAGUUUUUAGUGUGUGAGACAUGAGCUUUAUUUGGCUUUAUAAGUGCAAAAUGAUUUUCCAAAAAAAAUCCUCCUUUUUUAUACCUACCAGUUUUGAAUUAAUGUAUAUUACUGAAUGAAUCAUUAUGGAGCAUGUGUCUGUUUAACCAAUUGUGCAAGCAGCACUUACAUUCAUUUUAUAAUUACUGGGAACGCGUGUGUUAAUAUUGGAGGCAUUUUAUCCUGAUCCAUAGUGAAGUUUUAGUAACUGUUUUUUGUUCAUUUCUUCACUGUUAUCUAUGUAAAAGUAUAGAUAACAAUAUAUUGUAAAUUCUGAUUGAGUAAAACUAAUUUUAAUAAUUGUACAGAUUUUUCACCUUUUAGUGUAAAUAUUUAAAAUUUUGAAAUACCCUAAUUUUAAUAAUAAAAAAAACUAUGUGCAUUUGA